CCCUGGGUUGCCAAGCAACAGUGAAGGCCUGAAGCUGAGCUCUGCGCAGUGCACCUGAAGCAGCGAGGGGGACCAGACUCCUACAACUUUCCAGAAGAAGGAUGAUGGCUAGCUACAUUAUUGGCAGGACUCUGCCAUACAUUCAAAGCAACAUGGUCAGCCACUGUCUUGGAGCAGAACACAGCUCUUUGUUCCCUACUUGGGUCCAAAGAUCAUGAGCAACAGAUCUGAUUGCUAUGCAAAACUACCUGGUGACAUUACCAGCCCAGCUUAACUUCCCUUCGACUCAGAAAGUUUGUUUGGAUCUGAGUCCUGGGUACUGUGGGGUGAAAUUCACGGUCACGCUGGAGACCAAAGGCAAGACCCAGAAGUUGCUAGAACACUCCGGAAUGAAGAAGAGGCACUUACACUGCAUCUCCUUUCUGGUACCACCUCCUGCUGGGGGCACAGAAGAAGUGGCUACCAUCCGGGUGGCCGGAGUUGGAAAUAAUGUCAACUUUGAGGAGAAGAAGAAGGUUCUAAUUCAGAGGCAUGGCAGUGGCACCUUUGUGCAGACAGACAAGCCUAUCUACACCCUGGGGCAACCAGUGUAUUUCCGCAUCGUCACCCUAACCAGCGAUUUUAUGCCGGUGAAUGACAAGUACUCCUUGGUGGAACUGCAGGAUCCAAACAACAACAGGAUUGCACAAUGGUUGGAUGUGGUGCCCGAGCAGGGCAUUGUAGACCUGUCUUUCCAACUGGCUUCAGAGGCAAUGCUGGGCACCUAUACUGUGGCAGUGGCUGAAGGCAAGACCUUUGGCACCUUCAGCGUAGAGGAAUACGUGUUGCCUAAGUUUGAGGUGGAAGUUGUGGAACCCAAGCAGUUAUCGGUGGAGAAAGAAUCUUUCUUGGUUAAAAUCUGUUGUAGGUACACCUAUGGAAAGCCCAUGUUAGGGGCAGUGCAGGUUUCCGUAUGUCAGAAAGCACACAUCUACUGGUAUCGCAAGCCAGAGGAGGAGCAGCUGCAGGACAGAUGCAAGAAACUCUCCGGACAGACUGACAAAGCAGGAUGUCUCUCAGCCUCUGUGGACAUGUCCACCUUCAACCUCACUGGCUACGCGUACAGCCAUAGCAUCAAUAUCGUGGCCACUGUAGUGGAGGAAGGGACAGGAGUGGAAGCCAAUACCACACAGGAAGUCUGGAUUUCGUCUCAAAUAGGAUCGAUGACCUUUGAAGACACCAACGCCUUUUAUUACCCCAACUUCCCCUUCAGCGGGAAGAUAAGAGUUAUGGAUGCGGAUGGCACCCUCCUCAGGAAGCAUUCCGUGUUUCUGGUGAUUUAUGGCAUCAAUGAAACCACCAACCACACCCUCAUUACGGACAACCAGGGCCUGGCUCACUUCCAGCUGGACACAGCCCGUUGGAAUGGGACAGACGUUUCUCUGGAGGGCAGGUUCCAAAUGGAAGACAUGGUAUAUGAUCCUGAACAAGUGCCUCGCUACUAUCAAAACGCAUACCUGCAUCUUCAACCCUUCUACAACACAACACGCAGCUUCCUGGGCAUCCACCGGCUGGAGGGCAUGUUGAAAUGUGGCCAGCCCCAGAAAGUGCUAGUGGAUUAUUACAUUGAUCCAGCUGAUGCCAGCCCUGACCAAGAAAUCGCCUUCACCUACUAUUUAAUAGGAAAAGGGAAUUUGGAGAUGGAGGGGCAGAAACAAGUGAGCGCUAAAAAAGGACCCAAAGGCUCCUUCUCUCUCUCACUGAUCUUCACGUCCAGACUAGCCCCCGACCCUUCGCUAGUCAUCUAUGCCAUUUUCCCCAGCGGAGGAAUCAUAGCUGACAAAAUUCAGUUCUCGGUGGAGAUGUGCUUUGACAAUCAGGUUUCCCUUGGCUUCUCACCUGUCCAGCAGCUCCCGGGAGCAGAUGUGGAACUAGAGUUGGAGGCAGCUCCUGGGUCCUUGUGUGCUGUUCGGGCUGUAGAUAAAAGUGUCUCCCUCCUCCGACCAGAGAGAGAGCUGAGCAAUAGCUCUGUCUAUAGUCUGUUCCCGUUCUGGUACGGUUACUAUCCUUAUCAAGUGGCUGAAUAUGAUGAGUGUCCAGCAUCUGGCCCAUGGGACUUACCUCAACCCCUCAUUGACCCUGUGCCUGAGGGGCGCUCGAGCAGCCGUUCUGCCAUCUGGAGGCCAUGGUUCUCUGGAGGUGCUGACCUUUUCCGCUUUUUCCAGAGCGUGGGCCUGAAAAUCCUGUCCAAUUCCAAGAUCAAGAAGCCAGUAGUUUGUAAUCACUGGUCUCCCAAAUACGGCACUGCAAGUGGUGGAGGAAGUAAUGACAUUUCUAGAGAGGCUUUUCCAUCUUCGUCAGUUCAACCAGGAGAUUCUCAGGUCCGCCAGUACUUCCCCGAGACCUGGCUCUGGGACCUCUUUCCUAUUGGCAACUCUGGGAAGGAGGCUGUCCACGUCACAGUCCCUGACACCAUCACAGAGUGGAAGGCCAUGACAUUUUGCACCUCCCAGGCCAGAGGCUUUGGUCUGUCACCCACGGUUGGACUAACCGCUUUCAAGCCCUUUUUUGUGGAUCUGACCCUCCCUUACUCAGUCGUUCGUGGGGAAUCCUUUCGUCUUACCGCCACCAUCUUCAAUUAUUUAAAGGACUGCAUCAGGGUUCAGACCAAGCUGGCUGAGUCUGACGAGUACUAUGGGGAAUCCGGGGCGGACUCCAAGGCCUCGAUCUGUCUCUGUGCUGAUGAAGCAAAAAUCUACCACUGGAACAUCACAGCUGCCAAACUGGGUUACAUCAACUUUACAAUUAGCACUGAAAUUCUGGACAGCAGGGUACCCUGUGGAAACCAAAAGGGGUUUGUUCCCAAAAAGGGGCGCAGUGAUACACUAAUCAAGCCAGUUUUGGUCAAGCCUGAGGGAGUCCUUGUGGAGAAGACACACAGCUCGCUGCUGUGCCCAAAAGGAAAGGUGGUUUCAGAAUCCAUCUCCCUGGAGCUCCCUGCGGAUGUUGUCCCUGAUUCAACAAAGGCUUAUGUUACUGUUCUGGGGGACAUUAUGGGCACAGCCCUGCAGAAUUUAGAUAAUCUGGUCCAGAUGCCAAGUGGCUGUGGGGAGCAGAACAUGGUGAUGUUCGCCCCCAUCAUCUACGUGUUGCAAUACCUGGAGAAGGCAGGGCUGUUGACUGAGGAAAUCAAGUCUCGGGCAGUGGGUUUCCUGGAGAAAGGGUACCAGACAGAGUUGACGUACAAACACAGCAAUGGUUCAUACAGUGCCUUUGGGGAGAAGGACGGAAACGGAAAUACAUGGCUGACAGCCUUUGUCACCAAGUGCUUUGGCCAGGCUCGGGAAUUCAUCUUCAUUGAUGACAAGAACAUCCAGGAAGCUCUUAAGUGGAUGGCAGGAAACCAACUCCCCAGUGGCUGCUAUGCCAAUGUGGGGAAGCUCCUUCAUACAUCGAUGAAGGGUGGUGUUGACGAUGAGAUCUCCUUGACUGCAUAUAUCACUGCUGCCUUGCUGGAGAUGGGGAAGCCCCUAGAUGAUCCAAUGGUGAGUCAAGGUCUGCAAUGUCUCCAGAAAUCUCUCACCGCUGUCACCAACCUCUACACCCAGGCCCUCCUAGCUUAUACUUUCUCCCUAGCUGGGGAAACGGACAUCAGGAGGAGUCUUCUGGAAAAAUUAGAUCAACAGGCUCUCAUCUCAGGGGAGUCAAUUCACUGGAGUCAGAAACCUACUCAGCGAUCAGAGGCCAGCUUUUGGUCUGAACCUGAGGCUGUGGAGGUGGAGCUCUCAUCAUAUGUAUUGUUGGCCCAGCUUACCAAGUCCAGCUUGACUCAGAAGGAGAUAGCAAAGGCCACUGGUAUAGUUGCUUGGCUAACCAAGCAACGCAAUGCUUACGGAGGCUGCUCUUCAACGCAGGAUACUGUAGUUGCUCUCCAAGCUCUUGCCAAAUAUGCCACCACUGCCUAUGAGCCAACUGAGGGAGUCAACCUGGUUGUACAAUCCACUCAAAAUUUCCAGCACACUUUCAAUGUGCAGACUGUCAAUCGCUUGGUAUUUCAGCAAGAGACUCUACCUCAUAUUCCUGGAGUAUACACCUUAGAAGCCUCUGGCCAGGGCUGUGUCUACGCGCAAACAGUGCUGAGAUACAACAUUAUCCCUCCUAAAAAUCUGGAGACCUUUACCCUUAGUGUGGAAAUGGGAAGAGCUAGAUGCGAUCAACAUACUUCACCCCAAUCUGUGACUCUUACUAUCCACACCAGUUAUGUGGGGAGCCGUAGUUCUUCCAAUAUGGCCAUCGUGGAGGUGAAGAUGCUCUCUGGGUUCAAUCCUGUAGAGAGCACCAAUCAGAUGCUCCUCCAGCAACCCCUGGUGAAGAAGGUUGAAUAUAGAACCGAUACCCUUCACAUUUACUUGGAAGAGCUCACUAAGAAGACUCAGACUUAUACCUUCACCAUUAGCCAAAGUGUGCUGGUCACCAACCUGAAACCAGCAGCGAUAAAAAUCUAUGACUACUACUUACCAGAUGAGCAAGCGACAAUUCAGUAUUCUGAUCCCUGUGAAUGAGAUAAUAUACCUUCGUUACAUGAAAAUACGAAGAUUAAAAGCAGUGGUUACCUGAUUUUGCACACUUGAGAAAUAGCACUACUCAUGACCUCACGAUGCCUUGAUGAAACUCUUUUCUAUAUUCCCUGGCCUUUCUUAAAGGGAGAAGCCCUCUCCAAGUGUGAGGACCUCCUGAAUAUCUUCUU